AUGGGUGCUUUCCAUCCGAGUGGUACUUCUGAUCAGGCCUCCGCAAACGGAAAUUCUGGCAAUGAAGAACAGGUUGAGUUCGCGAACACCUACAUGGUUGACCAUCCUGAAGCACACGAAUUGCUUACGGGCAGCGAAGGAUAUAACACGGGGAAUGAGGGUGGAAAAGAUUUUUAUGGUUCUCAUUGAUGUUAGACAUCCUUUGUUAUCGUUCUCUGCUAGUGCAUGCUCUAUUUUUGAAUCACCAACUCUAGCUCAAACUCCUUCAAGAACAUUAAGAUGCACGUGAAGGUGAUGUACAACGUGAACUACCAACUAGAAGUGCGUUGGUGAUUUAGAAAUGCAAAUGCUGGAAAUGUAGAGGAGCUCUAAAACAACACGACUUCUACUCCGGAUGCCAACACCACACGUGGUCAAGAAUCUACUGCUACGCGCCCCACCGCUUGGUACAACCUCUGGAAUUACGCUAGCGAUUUAGGUGGUGGUGAUGCAAGUGCUAAUCAACAAGCUACUAUUGGUACUGGUGACAUCAACGUCGCAGGAGAUCGCGAUGCGACGUCUGGACGAACCACUACACAGCCUACCGGUCAUGCAAGUGCUGCCUACGCUCGUGGCCCCGACGGUUCUGGUCGUAGCCCGGUUUCUCUUGGUUACGGACAUGGUGAAUCGUCUGGAAACUUGGACAAACAGGGAUCUUCAUUCUUCUCCCGUUUGAGUUCUCGCGUUGCAGGUGCGUUUGGAGGCGGUGGAUCCCGCACGGAAGGUACGAAUGCGAUCUCGAUGCGCGCCUCUGUUGGACAACAAACUGGAACUGGUGGAGCACCUGAUUUCAGUAUUAUUACACUUCUUGUUCUUUGCUAAAAAGUGUUAAAUUAAUCUCUCGAUACAACCAGUGUUCAAGUCUUUCAACAAUAAUAUCGAAAAUUUGGUGAAGUAGACAAGAACAAGAUGAAGAUUCUGAUCUGGUGUCUACCCCUAUCCUUAUACCUUCUUAUAUACCUUUUACCUAACCUUACUUUUUCUUCCUAGUUAGCUUGGCUCCACCCGUAAUAUUAUGCCUCCUCCUCCAGGUGGCUCUUCAAGCGCUCUGAGCCGCAGUUUCGAAGUCGAGAGUCCGAAGAAGAUGUUCGAUGGCAGCACCGGUUCCCCAGGAACCGAGCAAGCCCGCGGAGUCUCCACUUUGUACGGCGCAACGAUGACCGGCCAAAGCCGUGCUGAAAUGAUGGCGAACGAAGCAGCUAUGCGAGGAAGCACUGCAUCUGGUGGGGAAGUCGACGCGCGUGGAUCGUCGUUCUUCAGUCUACAGAUGUUGACAUUUGGCUUGCUUGGUGGACCUGGCGAGGCAAAAACUACUGCUGAAGAUGGGCAAGGCGGAACUGUUUCGACAUUGUCUUCUCCUACUUCUGGUGCAGGAGGAUCCGCUAAGUCUUCUACUUCUACCUCUCUUCUCGCUCACAUCCUGUACGCUUUGGCUCUGCUCGUCGACCUCGGUGCUUUGAUCAUUCUGGUCGCCAGUCCCUACGAUUCGGCAAGUUGCGACAUGUCCCUGUUUUUCGCGUUGCACACACUCUGCGGUUUGUUACUCGAUGCCGCGCAGUACAUCGCUGGAGCCCGCGCGAAGUGGCAGCGCAUGAUCAAGGCGGGAUGUUCCAAUCGCUUUUCCUCUACAUCGGACGAUCCUUUGUCGAUUUCGCUGAGAAGUACUUCUGUGAGGACGAAUGUCAAGGGUGCUCUUGUUGUGCCCGAUGGAUCUCCUGCUGCUGCUGCAUCGAGCGCUUUCUACGGUUUGCUGUUGAAGUACUCCAUGCUGACGUUGUAUGCGACAUUCAUCGGCUUUGGCGGCUAUUUGCUGAUCACGUCUAAGGGCUCUUGCGGAAGCAACCGUCUGUACUACGCCGAUGCCGCAUUGUGCGCCAGUGCCAGUAUCAUGCUCUUGUUGACGGUCGCUGCUUCUUUGGCUGAAUGGUGGGCAACGACUGUGACCACUCAAGGAGCCGACAAGGUCGCUUCUGCUGCUGCUCGUACGUUGCCGAAUUUCGCGGUCAUCCUUGGUCUGCCUUUGGUCUUCUGUCUGACUGACCACACUUGUGAGUCCAAAGCCAACGCUGUUGUCGCUGGAACACUCGCCUUCGCUGCUGCGAUUGAUGCUGCUCUGUGCUGGGCCAGUUUGGGCAACGACACCACGACAGAUGCUACCGACACCUAUCUGUCCAACGUCACGGCGUUCGCCUUGGUUGCUGCAUGCGGCCUUACUCUCGGAUUCUGGUCUCCGGUCUGUGCGAACGCGACUUUCUACGCGAACAUCGGUGUGUUGUCCUGCAUUCUGCUCACUCUGUCAUUGAACUUCGCACUGACGGCGUUGUCUACCAUCACCACGCGUAAGUCGGCGUCGGCGAGUUCUCCGGACACUGACGCUAAGACGAACCCUGAGGACGAACCGUUGUUGGCCUCGCCUGCUUUGGAAGUCUAGACGAUUCGAUGAAUCUUGGAGGAAAAGUGAGGACUUCGAAAACUACUACAACAACGGUCACUCGACGAGACAAUGAGGAAUCCCAACACUUCGACUCGACGGAGACCACCGAGCUGAGCUGAAUGCGGUGGAGGACAAAUUCAAUCAUUAUCAUGUGAAUAUGCCGAACUUCAUCAAACAAGAUGCACAGAGCUGAAAAAAUACAUACAAAAGCAGAUAGAGUAGAAUCUUGAACUUUCGAUUUCGCUUUUACCGCGUGCGAAAAUCGUAGCCUUUCAUCUUCCUGUUGAUAGAUAGAAUGUUGAUAGAUAGAAUAACAAUUAAAAAAAUGAACUUUUGUUUUUGACCACAUUCAUCGAUGAGAAAGUCUAGAUUUGAGUUUGAACUUGUUUUUGCACCAAAAUUUAGAUAAAGUAUGCAGUAUUUGAAGAGAAAGAGAUAUGUCGUGAUUAUAAGUGAUCAUGCAACCCAGUUGUAACUACCGGAAGAAUUCGCAUUCUCAUACAUCAACUGUGAUGUGUCGAGAUUACCAACGAAUUGUCACUAUUAUGUCAAAGAUAAAUGAUUUCGACUUCCUAUAAUUCACAUUCAGCUAAGUAAGAAAUACCAAUAGAAGUAAUGAGCAAGUAGUUGUAUUUGUAAAGUCGUUGACACAUAUUCUAAUAGAAGUAUACUAUUAUUUCAAAGUUUAUUUCUGCACAGUAAAAUCUUCAAGGUAGAUUGAAGUAGAACCUGCUCUGAGUACAACAAGCUGCAUCUCAAAAAGUCAUUUUGAUCGAAAAUAAAAGAGAAUGUGGCCCUAUCGUGAACUACCAAGCAAAAUCGGUUCAAUCGUAUGGGCACUGCAACGAACAAGUAGUUGAUGUCUGGCAUUUGUAAUUGCUACAUCUAUUGUUUCACACGAAUAUAGACCAUUGAUUGAUUACUUAAUAAUGGGGGGAGGAAAAUAGAGAAUGCACGACUAUCACGAGCAGGUGGACGGACGAAACUUAAAAGAUAAUGUUGACCAUGACCGCAUUAUUACAGUGAUUGACGAAUUAAUAUGACACUGCCAUGGGAAUGGCCUCAUUUUGCAGAAUAGCCUGGCAAUGCGGUAUUGCAUCAAUUUCUCGUCUCGUUUCAAAGAAAAAGUCACAUCUGUAGUCAUAGAUUAGUUUGAAGAUGA